AUGCCCAAGCAUGACUCGACGACGUGGUCGUCAUCACCAUCCCUGCGCUCGAGAUGCUUUAUCUUCCGUGCUCUCCAGGGCUACAAGUGUCUCCGGAUAAGAACUUCCGAUGCCCUAGCGGGAAACUCAAGUCGCAAAACAGCCUUCACUGGUGCACUCGUUGGUCGCAACCCAGAAGGAUUGAGCGGUGCACCGCAGACUUGGAAACUCAAGGGAAGCAAGUUUCAGCCCGCGUUGAGCUUUAUCGGCGGCCUGUCAGCCGAUGUUGGAAGGCUAGACGACGUGAACUUUCCAGUCAUCGUCACCGGACCGCCUGGCUCCGAGCGUGGGAUGAUCAUCUGUUCGGAUAGAUCGGGAAGGACGGCUUCCCAGAUGGUUGCGCCUCCGUUACGACCGACGUGGCAAAAUGGUUUCGCACCAGACAUGGCUCCGUUACUUUGUGAAUCCUGUAAAUCUACUCAAAGACGUUCUCCGAGCGCGAAGUCGCAGCAAGGAGUUUACGUGGUGCGGUCGCAGAAGAGUGCUUAG